CUGUCUAAUGACAAACGAUAUUACAAACAACUCAUGUCAAAAAUAACCUAAUUUAUAAUGAAACUGUAAAAAUUUUAAGUUGAAAAUGAUAUUAUUCGCAUCUGCAAGAAAUCAUUUAAGUGAUGUCCGUUUCGGCCAUUCGUGUACCAUUUGUUGCACCGUUCCUGGAUUUUUGGACAAAUAAUGUCAAUAAAUACUUUUACAAACACAGGCAACAACGCAACUGUUGCUCUUGGACCAAAUUAAAUUCAUCACCAAGUUGUUGUAUCCCAAAUCCUGCGUCGAUAUCAAAAGUUGAUUCAAUAUGUUGCGUAGAAAAAAGACCGAAGAAAUGCAUGAAGAGACCAGUAUCUAACUGCAAGUCGUCCCAAAGUUGUUCAAGCAUUAUUCCUUGUUCAAAAGGUUCGCCAUGUAAUGUUCCAAAGCCUGAGAAAAUCAAAAACAGAAGUAAAACCUGCGACCCCUUCUACUACAGGAAAAUGGGCAGACAACCAAGAAAAUUGAAGUGUCCUUUCUGUAACCAGAGGAUCUGUACACGGGUUAUCCUUAUACCAUCUCGAAGAACUGAUUAUUAUGCAAUAGUUCUAUGUCCACUCUGCCUAUGUUUUCUUCCCUAUUUUAUAAAUGCUACCAAAAUCGCCAAACACCAAUGUCCUAAUUGUUGUAGAACACUCGGAUUGGAAUAAAAUUAAUACCAAAAAA